AUGCCCUCCACUUGGACAUUAGAUGAUUGCUGCUUUUACUGUCCAGAUUGCUGGAAGGCCUUGGCCUGCCAUUUGUGUGGUCAUCACGAUCCCAAGGGCAUCGAUUUCAAAGGGGCUUGGAACUGCCGUGUUUGCCGCCACAAGAGGCAGGUGAAGGAGAAAGCUGGCCCCUCGCACGCUGCGUUGCAGAAAUUGAUCAUCGAUGAGAGUGCAGACUGUUGUACAUCAUCCAUCAGUAGUGCGGCCAAGUGGGAAGCAGUGCUGCUCUUAGAGGCACCACGAGGGACCGUUGCUCUUGACAAGAGAUGCUCUUCGGCAGAGACUGCCUUUGAGCUUUUGGCUGGCCGUCGGAAGGCACUUGUCCUAGGUGACUUACCCGACAAGGCACCCAAGGCUUUGGAACCAUACUCAAGAAGGAGGCAUGUGGUUUUGCUGGUGGAUGCUUCUGGGAGCAUGCGCAAUGAGGAUGAGCUUGGUAAGGAGCAAGUUAACCUGAGCAGAUUAGAUGCUGCUGAGCUUUGUUCCACCAAAUUUGCCCGGGAGCAUGCCCAAGCCCGGCCGCACGAUGUAUUCUCAGUGGUGACCUUUCACGAAAAAGCUUCUGUUGUGGCCAACCGAAUAUCCUCAGCCGAGAUGGCGCAUAUGGCUUUUGAGGAUCGAGCUGCAAAUGGAACCUUUUAUGUGCAAGGCCUCAGUGAAGCAGCACGUCUUCUCAAAGCAUCUCCGGAGUUGCAAGGAGAAGUUGUUCUUUUAUCUGACGGCCGGCCAGCAGAUACAAAACAGGCCUUGCAGUACUUCCAAGACCAAUUCAUUCGGGGACAGUUUGCCGGUGUCCAGCUGCAUGGCAUUGGAUUCGGCAACCGCGUGGAGAGCUUUGCGGCGCUGCAGCAGUUGGCCUGCUUGACGGGCGGUACGUUUGUGCUCUCUGGGAGCACAGUCAGAGGACUUUGCAACGCGUUCUCCUCUGUGUCUUCUACGAUCACAGCUAGUAGCAACAAGUGGGUCCUCGCCGAGGCAGUGGACACAACCAAAACGCCUCAGCUGAAAGUGGUUGACUUCGAGUUGCCGGAGGUGGGCAUCUUCGGCAAGAAGCACGUGCUGCGGUUCCAUGCAGCCCGCAUCUCCUUCAGCUAUGAUGGCGCGGCCUUUCACAGGCAAGAAUUCGCUGCUGGUCCUGUUGUGCGGCGGCGGAUGCCGUACAUGCGAGGAGGGAUGCGACUCGUGUAUGGCUUUCAAGAUGAGGAAGUUGCGAAGAAUGGCAGCUGGAUGGUUGCAAAGUGCUCACGCUACUCGAAUGAGAUCUUGAACUCACAGCUUGCUGUGGAAGCGCACGCCAAAUCAACUGCAGUUGCCAGAUACUUUGCUGCACGCUUCAAUGGACGCCUGCAAGCUCUUGGUGGGGAAAAGUUGGCGACUCUCCUUUUUGUGCCAUGCUUUGUCUACAAAGUUGAGGGCGAUGCCCCAAUAAAUGAGCCAAAAUGCUUCGCAGCUGAGCGGUAUUUGCCAGGAGUUUUCCUGAAAUACAACUCCAACAAUGGUUACGUGGCAGACGCAUUGCUUCACAAUGACGCCGUUCAAUCAUUUUUGCACUUUUCCUUCGAAGAGUCUGGUGGUCACUUCAUCGUUGCAGAUCUACAAGGUGUUGCCAGAGAGUCUGAGGUGCUCCUCACAGACCCGCAAGUGUUGUCCCUCACACGGGAGUAUGGUGCAGGCGACUUGGGAACGAGUGGGUACUUGCGCUGCUUGCGUGCGCACCGCUGUGGGCAAGCCUGUAAGAAGCUGGGUCUCACACCUAUCAGCUCCUCGAGAAUGAAGCGCAUCGAAAGCACUGCAGGAGCUCUCAGUGGAAGCAGCUGGCAACAAGUGAACCACACCAGCCAAGUCCAUUCUGCAAACAGCUUCGGAGACUGGGAGAAAGUCAGUGAGACUGCGGCGGCUGAGUACACAAUGAGCCAAGGAACGUCAUCAUCAAUAUCCUCUUGGAUGCAUGUCAAUCAUGACAACGAUAAAUAG